AUGUGGAGACAGGAUCGAGUGUGCGAUGUGAUGAAAGUGAUCAGCCGCAAGGACAUCGUUGAGGCCUUUCAGAAUCUCAAACAUGAAGAUGACGUCCUCAUGGGCAUUUUUGGCAUCAUAUCGCUAGGCAUCUGGUUUGCGAUGAGCCCAUUUAUCCUCGCCAUCAUCCAGCUCGGCAUCUUGGAAUAUGAGAUCGAGAAGUGGCGCACAAACUGCAGGAAGAAGCGCGAGCGAAUCCGUCGCGAUCGCACCUUGGAGUUGAUGUGCAUUGAUCCAAAGAGCCGGAAGAAGAAACAGAAACAGCAGACUCGUAACCGAUUGUUGAGAUGGUGGUUUGGAAUCCAUUCCCAGCCCGACCGAGCGAUCCGGAGCCACCGCCCCGGCCCCUGUCUUUUCUUCACGAGGCUUCCACCGGAGAUCAGACGCCAGAUCUUGAUUCAUGCAUUUGGAUCGCGCACCGUGCAUCUAGAUCUCAGCUUUAGACACCCGUUUCGUGUCAUCAGCCAUGACAAGUGCCGUUUACUCAGUCAGAGCCCCGAAGCCCACCUCCAUGCUGGGAUCCACAGUCGCUUUGGCUUAUUCACCCCCAACAUUGUCCUGUACGAUGAAUCAGAGAAGAAGAAAUGGCGGUGGUUCAGCUGCGUUUGCCAUCGGGCGCGGCCUGACGACCCAAUGCUGAGCUAUGGAAGGCGAGGUUAUGUGAACCGGGGAGGCUCAACGGACGUCCACGAAGAUAAAUGUCUCUCUGCGGAGGGAAGCUGCACGUACUGGCCUGGCGAAGUUCCUGAAAAGUGUUUCGUGGGUGCGACAGGCUGGUUAUUGGCCUGCAAACAAGCUUAUGAUGAGGGUCUUGAGGUGCUCUACCAAACCAACACCAUCCAGAUGUCCUCCCCGGUGCUCCUACAAGGAGCCCACGAUAUUCUCCGACCCUUCAAAUUGUCUAUGAUUAGGUCCCUCGAACUCGCGUUGGACGGAUAUAACGUGCGCCUAGCUCAGGUACUCUUGGGCGUGUCACCGAACCGCCCGACCAGCUCUUCGGGUGCACCUGCUCCUCGUGAGAUAUCCAGGCCAUUCUUUCCAUCGCUGGCAUUCCUACGACUGUUCCUGAAGAGUGACCAAAGAUUUCUGGAUGAUGACUUUCAUAAUAGCCUUAGGCAGUCCAGAUACGGCCGCAAGAAUACUGAGGAGCGCCUUCUUACCUUUACCCUCCCAAGUAUUGACGAUCUUGUGAAUAGGAUUGCUUCGCCCAAGACUGAUAUUACGGUUACUUUUCGAGAGUGGAUGUUUUACUCGUUGAUGGAUCUGAAAUUAGCAGAGAUACAAGGCCUGGACGUAACCAGAUUACAACGAGCAGACAUUGGAGGCCUGAAGUUCUGGAGGAAAAUCCCAUACUCUGGCCUCGAACAACAGGCUAGUGAUGUGAAUGUAUUAUCAAAAAAUAAAUCGAGAGAAGGCUAUUGGGUUCAUAUAUCGCAAAUGCCGAAGACAUGCGGCGGCAUAGAUGAACACGAUGAAGAGCGCCGCAAGCUUUAUGGUCUUGAUUGA